AUGUCGGACUUUAAAAAUGUCCCGCUGGAACAUCUUGCAGACUUUGUCCGCGCCAAAUACCGUGCCGAGUUCACCCAGGCUGUUGCUGAUGGAAGAUCCCUGCCAUUCACGCUGCCGUAUGGUAUCCUGGGCGCCUUCAUAGUCCCGACACUCUGGCUCGCGAUCCCGCAUCUGCACUCUCAAUGGAUGAGGGGCAUGCAGUGGCUAGUUGUUGCGUUCGUCAUCGUUUUCAACAUCCACGUCGCUCAAGAUGUUUCAAGCAGCAAUAUGGCCUUCGCUUAUGCCUCUGGGCUCAUGGCCGGGUGGGGUACUCUUUCGACAAUGAAUAUCCUGGUGUGGAACGACGCCCAGAAGGAUGCAGCCAGGAUCAUGAGGAGGCCGAAGGUGGCCAAGGCUGAUAGAAACGACGGGGAUCGGCAUGCUUUCAACGUUUCUUCGGCCCAAGACCAGCUGCGACAUCGUAAGCACGACACCGCGACUUCACGAAAGGCCGAAACUGCUCAGGUGGCUACCCAAGUUGAGUAUGAGUACGUUUGGCAGCCUUUUCCUAUAGAUGGGACUUUCUUGGAACGGCUGAACUGGGCCUUUGAUUUGAUGACCGACCUCCGUUUCGAUUCUCUGAUGACAAAUUUCAACCUAGCAGGCUGGAAUUGGGCCCCUUCCAUACUUCCGAGGCCAAAGGUCCCUUCGAGCAACGGCAUUCCAUAUGGUACCCCAGUCGAUAUCGCUUCCAUUCCUGUGUCUACUGAGUCUGGUUAUCGGCUUUGCGCUACAGAGUCCGAGUUCCUCUGGGGUCGCAUAGGUACCAUCGCAACUAUGUACAUCAUUCUCGACUUCCUGGCUGUUACAAUGACCAGCGAUCCCUAUUUCAUUGUAGGAUCCGAGUAUGCCAGCCUCAUGAACCUCGACAAUCUACCACACUACUUAAAGCGCGAUGAUGAGCUACAACCCUUCGAACAGUACCUGAUGCUUGAGGCCCUGUACGUCUACCGGCAGGUCUCUUGCGUCGUAGCUGUGGCUGCCGCCAUCUCUCUUUUCCUCAACAUAAACGACCUGUUCCAGUACUACGUCUUCAGCUACUUUUUCCCUAGUCGUGGUGAGCUUUGGCAACAGCCGCCCACCUUCGGAUCGAUCACGCCGACAUUCGUUCGUGGUCUCGCUGGGCUUUGGGGCUCUACAUGGCACCAGUCGUUCCGCGUGCCGUUUGCUGCUCCGGCAAAGUGGCUCUUGCGCCGCGGAUACAUUAAGAAAGGCACUCCUGUGGCAGGCCUGACCCUUUUGUUGGUCUCGUUUAUGCAAUCAGGACUACUUCAUGCUUCAGGCAGCGCGUCAUCCAUGGGUCCCGGCAGCAUCUGGAGGACGCCUAUCUUCUUCAUGCUCCAAGCACUCGGCAUCAUUAUCCAGGUUGGAGGAUCGUUUGCUCUCCCAAAAUAUCUCCCAUCAGCUAUCAGGCCAAGUCACGAUGCCUGCUAUGCAAUCAAUUUUGUCUUUCAAAUGCUAUGGUUACAUGCGACAGGAAGUUUGUUUACCAUGGACUUGAGUGAUGCCGGCCUCUGGCUACUGGAACCCGUGCCGUUUUCCUUCUUCCGCAUGGUUGGGUAUGGCUUCCCGCACGACAACUGGUGGCGCUGGGAUGGCCAUUACAUGCCUAGGUGGUAUACUGCGAAGAACUGGUGGCAAAGCGGCAUUGCACUGUAA